UUGAAUGGUGGCAGCUUUUGUGCAUGUCUAUCUCUCCUUUUCUCUCUUUACACAAAAAAGCUGGCCCAAAAAACAAUUCCAUCAAAUCCUCUAACUUCUCUCCCUCUCACAUGCUCUAAAAUCAAAGCAUAUUGCACUUAAACAAAUGGGUCUGAUUCUCUCUUCAAUCUCACAUUAAACAAAUCCAAACUUCAUCACAUCAAAAAAAAAAACAAAAACAAUAUUAAACUAAUCAUUCUUCUUGUAUUUAUAUAUGGACACACGAACUCUCUUUUUUGAGUUCAGAAGCUGACCAGAACCAAAGAUCAGAGUUUCAGAAGUUUUUCAAACUUUAGUUAGAUAUAUAUGGAUGAUAUUGGAAUGUCAGGCUUUUGUGUAAAGCCACGCUGUGGUGGUGGCAACGGUGGUGGUGCUGGAAAUAAGUGUGGGCGGUGGAAUCCGACCGUUGAACAGGUCAAAGUCCUGACUGACCUGUUCAGGGCCGGACUUCGAACCCCAAGCACUGACCAGAUCCAAAAGAUCUCUUCUCAAUUGAGCUUUUAUGGCAAGAUCGAGAGUAAGAAUGUUUUUUACUGGUUUCAAAACCAUAAAGCUAGGGAGAGACAGAAGCGUCGCAGAGUUUCAGUUACUGAACAACACGAGAUCCACCGAGAAGAUAGGGUUUCGGUUUCUUCUGCAAAACAUUUAGUCAGUAUAAAUCAAGUUUCGGGGCCAGAAAGAGCGAUGGAGACUUUGCAACUAUUUCCAUUGAACUCAUUUAGUGAAUCAGAUUCUGAGAAGUUAAGGUUGUUUGCAAAUGAAUGCAAGGCUGAAAUGAAUCAUCCACCAUUGGAUCUGCGUUUAAGCUUCAUGUAAAAAAACAAGCUUCGAAUCUAAGAAAAUGUUUCUGAGUUGUUGCGAUGAUUCGAAGAUGUUUUAGGUUUUAGCAUCAAAAACAAAAACAAGAAAAACAAGAAAUGACAGACAUUUCAAAUAUUGUUGUAAAAUGCACGUAGCUCUAGAAAUUGAAAGUUUAAAAGUUCUUCGA